GCUCUUAGCACAAUUAGAAAGAAAGGGGGCUGCCUACGUUUAGGAGGUAUUAAAUAAACGAAUAUAGGUUAGGGUUGUUUGAUCCCAUAGGAAAAAUCGAAACCUAUUGGUAUUUGUUUGUAUAACACAACAUUAGGGCACAUUGACUUGUGUCCUAUUUGUUGAAUUUGUAAAAGAAUAAUGGAGUUUCGGCUUUCCGACGAGCUUUUGGGCACCUUUCUUCCGAUUAUAGUUUAUUGGCUUUAUUCAGGGUUGUAUGUCGUGCUUGGUUCAUUUGAUAACCUUCAAAAUUAUAGAUUGCACUCUAGACAAGAUGAAGAUCAGAAGAAUUUGGUAUCUAAAUUAGCUGUUGUCAAAGGCGUUCUUUUUCAGCAAUUUAUUCAGGCUAUUGUUGCUAUUAUCUUGUUUUCGGUAACAGGAAGUGAUGCUGAAGUUUCUGCCAAUCAACAGUCCUCUCUAUCUGCUUUAGCUAGACAAUUUGUAAUAGCGAUGUUGGUUAUGGAUACGUGGCAAUAUUUUAUGCACAGAUACAUGCACCACAACAAAUUUUUGUAUCGACAUAUCCAUUCUCUACAUCAUCGACUUGUUGUCCCUUAUGCAUUUGGUGCUCUCUAUAAUCACCCAAUUGAGGGGCUUCUUAAUGACACAAUUGGAGGAGCUUUAUCUUUUCUCCUCUCUGGUAUGUCUCCUCGAGCUUCCAUCUUUUUCUUCUCCUUUGCUACAAUCAAAACAGUGGAUGACCACUGUGGAUUAUGGCUUCCUGGAAACCUCUUCCAAUUCUUCUUCAGAAACAAUACUGCAUAUCAUGAUGUGCACCAUCAGCUUUAUGGUAGCAAAUACAACUUUGCCCAACCAUUCUUUGUAAUAUGGGAUAGAAUUCUUGGGACCUAUAUGCCUUAUUCGCUUGAGAAGAGAGCAGGUGGGGGCUUUGAAGCACGACUUAUUAAAGAUUAUAAAGAGAGCUGAUUAUUAUGUUUAGGACAAUCAAUUGUGUACAACCAGUAUUUGAUUCUUUUUGCUUACUGAUGAGCUACGGUGUUAUGUUAUUUUGUAUAUACAUGUACUGUUGUGUUUUAUUCUCAUCAUUUUUGUUUAUAUCAGUUAAUAAUGAAGCUGAUAUACCAAUCAAACUAAAUCUAGCUUGAGUUGAGUGGCCAAUUUAGGUCUUCAGUGUA